CUGGUGCAACGAGCGCGGGACAAUGUAAACAAAGCGGUCGUGGACAUGUUCUCUGGAUAAACCGCGAUAGGUUGACGAAUUAUGAAUGUGGAUACCUGACCAGGCACUGUGACAGCAUGUUUUGCUUUUUUCAACGCGCUCAUUAACGUGCUUCCAUUGCUUAUUCAAGGAAAUUUAGUUAAUGAAGUCUAUCGGUGUCGCGCGUAGGUGUUGGCACACCAUGUGGUUGUGGUGACUUUCGAGUGCUGUGUAUGACAGCAUGGGAACGUCCAACUCCGACUGCCAGAGCUGCCGCAGCCUUCUGAGCUUCAGAGACCUCAAGGAGUGCGGUCGGUCGUGUCGACCAGGCGUACCGAGCGGCGCGACGUACUACUGCGGCUUUCGCGUCACCCAAGUCGUCUCCGUGGCCACGAUACGGUGUAGCAGUGUGAGCCAAAUAAGCAGCCAGAGCUAUCGGAGGUUGGAAGAGCCAACACGCCACAGCAUCUCCUGGCACCACUGCAUAGUGCUGAUAUGCUCUCAACAACGACAAAACCGCAGCAGUUGCAUAUCCAGAACUACUCACAAACUCGGUUGCACUUCUGUGUCAAAGGUGAGCAACCUCAAGCCCUGUAAUAGGUAGCACUUGACCCAGUGUGGUGGUCUAGUGGUUGCUGUGUUUGACUGCUGACUCAAAGGUCACGGGAUUGAAUCUUGGCCGCAUUUUGAUAGAGGCAAAAUGCUAGAGGCCCGUGCGCUUAGUCAACGCUCU